AUGUCAAAACCAUUAGAGAAGUCACCGUAUGAGCACUAUGCGAGGAGCCAGAUUGACCGAGAUGCCAGCAGUAGCCUGGUGUACCACUGUGCGGGCAGCCUGAGUGAUGACGGUGGUGGCCCCCGGACGCUGUUCUCCUCCAACAGCGGCUGCCUGUGCUGCCGUGUCCUGGCGGGCACCAUCCUGCCGGGCACCCGGUACCUGAUCUUCAAUGCUGUAGCGCUGCUGGCUCUGUUGAGUGCCCUGGCUGAUCCAGAUCAGUAUCACUCUUCAAGUUCUGAACUCGGAGGUGACUUUGAGUUCAUGGAUGAUGUCAACAUGUGCAUUGCCAUCACAAUUUCUGUUCUCAUGGUCCUUAUCUGGGCAGCGGCUGUGCACGGAGCAUACAAGCAACAUGUGACCAGGAUCAUCCCAUCCUUCUGUUACCAGAUCUUUGGUUUUGCCCUGAACACCUUGGUUGCAGUCACUGUACUUGUUUAUCCAAGUUCCAUCCAGGAAUACAUACGUCAACUGCCUCCUAAUUUUCCUCACAAAGAUGAUAUCAUGUCAGUGAAUCCUAUCUGUUUGGUCCUCAUUAUUUUUCUGUUUAUCAGCAUUAUCUUGACUGUUAAGGAUUAUUUGAUCAGCUGUGUUUGGAACUUCUGGGCUUACAUCAGUGGCAGGAACUCCUCUGAUGCCCUGGAUUAUGUUAUCAGCAGUGACGCUGCAGUGCUGUUACCCCCUACCACCGCCGCCCUGACCAGUGGAGGUCCAGCUUUGACCGCGUGGGUGAGGCCAAGGCCACAGACCCUGAAUGACAGCGUGGAGCAGAGCUUCCAACAGUCUCGACGACUCGGCUCCCAUGGUUCCGGGAAAGAGCAGUAUACUUCUAUCCUCUUCAGCUUCCAUUAA